AAGACUUUUUGUAAACUAUGCUGUCCUGAAAGUAGGGAAAUCAUUACAUUUACCAGAAAUGGAUUCUUCUUCUCAAAAACAAGACUGAGAAUGUUUUGUACUCGGUUAAUCAUGAGUUCAAAAACUCGAAAUCCACCUCCCUUCAAAUUCGUCAUCUUUUUCUCUUCCUUGCUCAGUUUAAUCUAUUUUAUGGUAUCGGUAUCAAUAAUUCAUUCAACAGCUUUGAAUUACAUAUGGUUAACAAAAUCAAAUUACGUCGACAGUUCUUCUGAUACGUCAAUAAAUCAUGUUGUUUUCGGUAUUGCCUCAAGCUUCAGAUCAUGGGAAAAACGAAAGGAGUACAUUCGGUUAUGGUGGAAGCCAGAGCAAAUGAGAGGAUGUGUCUUUGUUGAUAAAAUGCUGCUGCAGAAUUAUGCCAAUUCUUCUCUUCCUCCUAUUUGUGUUUCAGAGGACACUUCGCGGUUUCCUUACAGUUUCAGAGGUGGUGAUCGUUCAGCCAUACGCGUAGCGCGAGUUUUGCUGGAAACUGUAAAUUUAAAUCAUUCUGAUGUGAGGUGGUUUGUUUUUGGCGAUGAUGAUACUGUCUUCUUUGCAGAAAAUUUGGCGAAAACACUUUCCAAGUAUGAUCACAGUCUAUGGUAUUAUAUUGGGUCUAUCUCGGAGACGUUCAUUCAAAAUGACAAUGAUUUGUCCUCGUUUGAAAUGGGGUAUGGUGGAGGUGGUUUCGCUGUAAGUCAUUCACUUGCGAAAGUUCUAGCCAAGGUUUUGGAUUCGUGUCUGCACCGGUAUCCUCAUCUAUAUGGAAGUGAUGCUAGGAUUUAUUCUUGCUUAGGCGAGCUCGGUGUUGCUUUGACUCAUGAAGUUGGAUUUCAUCAGAUUGAUCUCCGGGGCGAUUUAUUUGGUUUACUGGCGUCACAUCCUCUGGGGCCUUUGAUAUCUCUUCAUCACUUGGACAAUGCCGACCCAAUAUUUCCUAAGAAGACAAGACACCAAGCAGUGGAACAUUUACUGAAAGCUGCAACAUUUGACCCCAACAGAAUUGUGCAACAAAGUAUAUGCUAUGACAAAAAGUUUUCUAGGACAAUAUCCAUCUCAUGGGGUCAUGCUGUCCAGGUUUUUGAAGGUAAUGUUCUCGUUCGGGAUCUUCUCCAAGUUCGAAAAACGUUUAAGCUAUGGAGGAAAAGGGAAAUUCCGUAUUCAAAUUUGUACAUGUUUAAUACUCGAGAAGUGGAUAGUGAUCCAUGCAAAAGACCCACCAUUUUCUUUUUAGAUAGUCUGUCAUCACCUACUUCCAGUACAGAUGAUCUUGUCGUUAAGAGUAUUUACAAGAGCAAUGGUUUUGAUAAUUGCGUGGAAAAGAAGGAUUUAACAAAGAAAUUGGAAGAAAUCAGAGUGUACUCGCAUAAGCUAGAUCUUAACAUUAAACAGAUGCAAGCACGGAGACGACAAUGCUGCAACGUUUUACCCUCACCAGAUGAUAAAGUUGUCGAGAUUGCUAUUAGGGAAUGCGGAAGAGAAGAACUAGCUUACAUGCACCCAGGGAUGUCAACACUGGGGCACGAGCCGCUAACAACUGCGCAGCAUUAGGGAGACGAAUUCUUAAAACGCCCGGAAGCAAACCUCUAAUCUCAUCUCAAGUGUUGUUCCCUGAUUUGUGCUGUAAUAAAUAUUUUUUUUUUAUCUUGACUAGUGCCCCAGAGCCACAGCAAGAAAUUGUGUCGGUUUGAGAUUUCUUCUCCCAAAAAAAGACUACCCCAAUUGAAGGAUCUUGUCCCUGAUAACUAAUACACAUUUAAGAAAUUUUGCA